AUGGAGAAUAAAUCAAGACUCAGUGAAUUCCUUCUCCUUGGAUUCCCUGAUACUGAGGAGCUACGAAUAUUCCACAUUGUUCUUUUUUUAAUAAUUUAUAUGGUAGCCUUCAUUGAAAAUAUCAUCAUCAUCACUGUCAUUGUUUAUAAUCAUCAGCUCCAUUCACCCAUGUAUUUUUUUUUAGUCAAUCUAUCCUUGCAAGACCUUGGCUCCAUCUCUGUCACAGUUCCCAAGUCGAUGCUGAAUUCUUUGACAAACACGGAAGCCAUUUCUUACUCUGGAUGUCUCUGCCAAGUUUUCUUCCUUGUUUUCUUCAUGCUGUCUCAUUUCUUUCUCCUGGGUGCCAUGGCCUAUGAUCGUUAUGUAGCCAUCUGCAAUCCACUGCAUUAUGAGACUGUACUGAGCAAAACUGUCUGUAUCCAAAUGGCAACCAGUGCAUGGAUGGGUGGACUUUUCUAUGCAAUACUUUAUACAGGAAACUUAUUUACAGUGAACUUCUGUUCCAGAAUCAUUAAUCAGUUCUUUUGUGAAAUCCCUCAGCUGCUCAAGAUCUCUUGCUCUGACUCAUAUAUUGCAGUAGUCUGGGCUCUAACAUUUGGUUCUAGUUUAGCUUUUUCCUAUUUUGCUGUAAUUACUUUUUCUUACGUUCAGAUCUUCAGAGCAGUGUUGAGGAUCCGAUCUAGCCAUGGAAAGCAUAAGGCCUUCUCUACUUGCUUACCCCACCUCAUAGUUAUUUGUCUAUUUCUGAUAAGUGGUAAUUUUGCAUACCUGAGACCCAUAUCUAGCUCACCAUCAACUUCAGAUAUCCUGAUUUCUAUGUUUUACUGUGUAGUGCCACCAAUUAUGAAUCCACUGAUCUAUAGUAUGAGAAACAAAGAACUCAAAAUGGCAUUCAGGAAGCUGAUCAUCAAUAUUUCUUUCAAGAAUCUGCCACAAAUUUCUCAGUUUGUAUAG